UACAGAGAGAAAAGAUGAAGAAGAUCUUCCGUCCACUGAUUCACUCUCCAAGUGGCCGCAACGCCUAGAACUGAGCUGAUCCCAAACGUGGAGCCAGGAGCCUUUUCUGGAUCUCCUACAUGGGUGCAGGGUCCCAAGGCUUUGAGCUGUCCUUGACUGCUUUCCCAGGCCACAAGCGGGAGUGGAGCUUGCUCGCUGUACCUGCUGCUUCAUGCUUGAGGAUAUCAAUGGAAAAGGCCAGGGCAUGAACAUACGGAUGGCCAUGGGCCUGAGCUUUAUGUGGCAGCAACUGGUUGACCAGAACCAUAGCUCUAGGAAUGGACAGAUGGAGGCCGUGGUGCUGAGCUGUUCAUUGUGCCAACAGGACCUGCGAAAAGUAGGCUCUCUGCAGCUUCCCUGCCAGCAUUUGCUCUGUAAGGACUGUUUCCAGGCCCUCAUCCAGGAGCUGGGGCACAUAGCCAGAGCUCACGGAUCUGUCUCAGAUGAGCUCAUCUCCUGUCCAGGGUGCAAGCAAGUGUUCCUUACCAGGGAUGUAACUGAGCAUUUUUUUCUGCAGUGUUUUGCUACUGGGCAACCCAAGAUGGCCAGGAACUGCUCCGAGUGCAAGGAGAAGAGGGCGGCACAUAUCCUGUGCACAUACUGCAAUCGCUGGCUGUGCAGCUCGUGCACCGAGGAGCACCAGCACAGCCCUGCUCCUGGGGGCCCGCUCUUCCCCCGGACCCAGAAAGGAGCUCCAGGAGUGAAUGGUGGUUCUGGGGAGUUUGCCUUGUACUGUCCUCUGCACACACAGGAAGUGCUGAAGCUAUUCUGCGAGACCUGUGAUGUGCUCACCUGCCAUAGCUGUCUGAUGGUGGACCACAAAGAACACAGGUGCAGACAUGUUGAAGAAGUACUGCAAAACCAGAGGAUGCUUCUGGAAAGUGUGACUACACAGGUGGCCCAUAAGAAGUCCAGUCUACAGACAUCUGCCAAGCAAAUUGAGGACAGGAUUUUUGAAGUGAAGCAUCAGCACAGGAAAGUGGAAAACCAAAUCAAAAUGGCUAAGAUGGUGCUGAUGAAUGAGCUGAACAAACAGGCCAAUGGACUCAUAGAGGAACUGGAGGGCAUAACUAAUGAGAGAAAGCGGAAACUGGAGCAACAAUUACAGAGCAUCAUGGUUCUCAACCGUCAGUUUGAGCAUGUGCAGAAUUUUAUCAAUUGGGCUGUCUGCAGCAAAACAAGUAUCCCUUUCCUUUUCAGCAAGGAACUGAUUGUGUUUCAGAUGCAGCGAUUACUGGAGACAAGUUGUAACACAGAUCCCGGCUCCCCUUGGAGUAUCAAGUUCACUUGGGAGCCUAACUUCUGGACCAAGCAGCUGGCUUCCCUUGGUUUUUUGCUUGUUUUCCUCAUCCCUUUGAUCCAGUUCAGCAAAUCUUUAAGGGACACAUUCAGCAAAGGCUGUAUAACUACAGAAGGUGGACAGCAGUCUCGGGCAGACACUCCUGCUUAUGGAAGCUUACAGGGAACGUCAUCCUUUUAUCAAAGCCACCAGUCCCCUGUGGCUCAGCAAGAGGCUCUAAGCCACACUCCUCACAAGUUCCAGGCUCCGACACUGUGUUCCUCAUCUGUGUGCUGCUCCCACUGCACCCCAGUCUCACCCUCCCUCAAAGGUCAGGUGCCCCCACCCAGCAUCCACCCAGCCCAUGGCUUUAGGCAGCCCUCUGAGAUGGUGUCCCAGCAGUUGGGGCCACUGCAGUGUCCCACCCUGCAACCUAGGGAGAAAGAGCUGACCUGUAGUCCGCAUCCACCAAAACUGCUUCAACCCUGGCUGGAAACCCAGCCCCCAGCAGAGCAGGAGAGCACAUCCCAGCGGCUGGGGCAACCACUGGCUUCCCAGCCCGUGUGCAUCGUCCCCCCACAGGAUGUCCAGCAAGGAGCCCACGCCCCGCCCACCUUGCAGACACCCUCUAUCCAAGUCCAGUUCGGCCACCACCAGAAGCUGAAGCUUAGUCACUAUCAGCAGCAAGCACAGCAGCAGCUGCCACCUCCCCCACCUCCGGCCCCGCAGCAGCCACCCCCGCCUCUGCCUCCAUCCCAGCACCUGGGGUCUAGUCAGCAUGAGGGCCCCCCUGGUCCCACCUGUUCCCAGAAUGUGGACAUAAUGCACCACAAGUUUGAGCUGGAGGAAAUGCAGAAGGACUUGGAGCUUCUUCUACAGGCUCAACAGCCCAGCCUGCAGCUGAGUCAGACCAAAUCUCCUCAGCAUCUGCAGCAAACCAUUGUGGGGCAGAUCAACUACAUCGUGAGGCAGCCUGCGCCCGUCCAGUCCCAGAGCCAGGAGGAUACUGCUCAGGCUGCAGAUGAGUCCCCUGCCUCUGAGGGCCCAAAGCCAGCUCUCCCAGUUGACAAGAAUUCUGCUGCUGCUGCCUUGCCACAGGCACCUGGGGAAGAAACUCCUCACAUUGUCCCCCCAGGGGAUGGCGCCAUCCAGCACUCCUCUCCCAGUGUGGUGAGAAAGCAUUCCACCUCGGUCAGCAUCAUGGGCUUCUCCAACACUCUGGAGAUGGAGGUGUCAUCUACCAGGCUGGCAAGGACUGUGGAGCCGCCACAGAUCAAGGGUGGGAGCAGCCUCACCACUGCACCUCCCCAAGCAGUACCAAGCCUGCUGAGUGGCACCCCUCAUUCUGUGCCAAGUCUGAUGAGUGUUCAGAACCACACCAUGCCCACCCUGACAACCAGUCACCUACAGACUGUGCCCAGCCUUGUGCGUGGCACUUUCCAGUCCAUGCCUAACCCAAUGAGUGAAUCCCCCCAGGCCAUUGCAAGCCUCAGAAGUGAUCACUCUCAGACCGCGUCCAGGCUGAUGUCUGGUCACAUGCAGUCUGUGUCCAGUUUGACCAGUCGUCCUCUGCAGAGCGUACCUCCGAUGCCUGAAAUGCAGCCAGAAACUGGGUCCAGCUCCAGCUCCAGCUCCAGUCCUGGCUCUGGUCGACCAGCAGGGAGCCUGUGUCCUGGGGAUGGGGCUGACAGCUCCCUAGUGAAUGCCCUGUGUAAGAUGGAGAGUGAGGAUUCCACCAGCUUCACUGACUUAGUGGGACAAGGCCCUCCACCUUCUGGACUGGCUGCCAAGGACUUGGCAAUUUCCUCAGAACUGGAAGAGCCAAUUAACCUGUCUGUGAAGAAACCUCUCCCAACACCAGCGAUCAACACAUCCACGGCUUUGCAGCAGUACCGGAACCCAAAAGAAUUUGAGAAUUUUGAACAAGGAGCCCUAGAACUGGAUACAAAAAAGAACCAGAGCAUCAGAUCCUUCCACAGUGAGCCCAAGAUUCCUUAUGUGAGGCUGGAGCGACUCAAGAUCUGUGCUGCCUCCUCUGGAGAGAUGCCUGUGUUCAAGCUGAAGCCACAGAAGAGUGAUCAGGAUGGGAGCUUCCUGCUGGUUAUUGAGUGUGGCACCGAGUCCUCCAGCAUGUCCAUUAAGGUCAGCCAGGACAGCCUGCCUAAUGACAUCCAAACUGCAGGCCUGGGGGGCAGAAAGGUCACUGUCACUUCUUUGACUGGGCAGCGGCCACCAGAGGUGGAGGGCACAUCUCCUGAAGAACAUAGACUCAUCCCUCGAGCAUCUGGAGCCAAGAAGGGACCCCCAGUCCCAAUCGAAAAUGAAGACUUCUGUGCUGUGUGCCUCAAUGGGGGGGAGUUACUGUGCUGUGAUCGCUGCCCAAAAGUGUAUCACCUCUCCUGCCAUGUGCCAGCCUUGCUCAGCUUCCCAGGGGGAGAGUGGGUUUGUACCUUGUGCCGCAGCCUGAGCCAGCCAGAGAUGGAGUACGACUGUGAGAAUGCCCGGUAUAGCCAGCCUGGAAUGCGGGCACCUCCCGGCCUGAGCAUAUAUGACCAGAAGAAGUGUGAGAAGCUCAUCCUGUCCCUGUGCUGCAACAGCCUCAGCCUGCCCUUCCACGAACCCGUCAGCCCUCUGGCCCGGCAUUACUACCAAAUUAUCAAGAGGCCCAUGGACCUGUCCAUCAUCCGGAGGAAGCUGCAAAAGAAGGACCCUGCUCACUAUACCACCCCAGAGGAAGUGGUGUCCGACGUGCGUCUCAUGUUCUGGAACUGUGCCAAGUUCAAUUAUCCCGAUUCAGAGGUGGCAGAAGCCGGCCGCUGCCUGGAGGUGUUCUUUGAGGGCUGGCUGAAGGAAAUCUACCCAGAGAAACGGUUCGCUCAGCCACGCCAGGAGGAUUCUGACUCCGAGGAGGUGUCGAGUGAGAGUGGAUGUUCCACUCCCCAGGGCUUUGCGUGGCCCCCCUGCAUGCAGGAGGGCAUCCAGCCCAAGAGGCGGCGGCGACACAUGGUAAAGGAGAAUGAGAAAGCAAAGAAAAUGUCUUUCCGCCUGGCCAACAGCAUCUCCCAGGUGUGAGGAAGGAGCCUGAGCACUCUGGUAGCCAGCACCCUGUCCUGUUGACUAUUUCUUCCCAUCUUCCAGCUUAUUCUCUUCGGAAUGUGGCUAUGACAUGAGUCUUGUUGA